CCGGUCGAGGCGCAGGGAUGGCCCACACGCGGUCGGCUCUGAACGGAGGGCUGGCGCCGCGCGGCUGGACGCCCGGCCGACAGCCGGGCUGGGCCCGACGCACGCUGCUCACGCUCCUGAUGGUCAGUGGCGUGCUGCUCCUCGGCAGUGCCAUGGUGUUGACAGGCUCGACCUUUCACCCGCCGACAACCCGCCCCAUCACUGAGUCGGCUGGCUACCAGGCGGGCCCGACGGCCAGCGACGGCAAGACUGAGGAGGCCGCAACCCUGAAGGGCCUCGCGACUGGCCACAGCGGCGGUCAGGAGACUGAAGAGUCAGCCGGCCCGGAGAAGGGCACUUACUACGGCCGAGCGCUGCACGAGAUCUACGACAGGACGGUGCCGUCGACAGCCUGGCUCAACACGUCACGCUGCUCGCGCUACCGAACCUGGUUUGCCAAGAGGAGAACUAUGGACCAUCUUGUGUACCUAGUAUCCCAUCCGCGGUCUGGCAACACGUGGUUGAGGUUCCUCAUCGAGGUGUCAGUCGGAGUUUUCACGGGAUCCGGACAGUACUCGCGGAAGAUAUCCAUGGACCACAACAGCUGGCUGGCCAAGCUCAACUUCACAGCCAGCCACUACGGAGAGCCCCAGUUCACAUGGAGCGACGGACAGUGGCCAUACAUAGCAACAUCAAGCUACGGUUCCGAUUCUGACCCGGAGCUCUUGCGUGCUGGCUUCCUCGGCGAGCUGCAGAACAUAUUCGCCCAGAACGUCAUCGUUACGAAGACGCACGAUCCGCCAUUUCCGCGAGUCAUUCCUGAUCCCGAUCAGACAAUAAAUAGCAUCGACUUCGCGGCGUACCCCAUGGACAUCACAGCACGCCGGGCGAUCCUCAUCAUCCGUGACCCGUUCAAGGUCAUACUGUCCUCGCGCCACUACCAGUUCUCCAGCUCGGUGCACGUCGAGAACGACCCCCACCCUCUUGAGCACUUCCGGGGAGAAGAUUGGCAAACAUUUAUUGAGUAUUACGCACAGAGCUGGCUCGAAUUCAACAUCCAAUGGCUCGAGCAGACUGACGACCUUCUUGUGAUACACUACGAGAACCUGCAGUCGGAGCCGUGGGCCCAGCUGGAGAGGGUGCACACCUUCCUGGGCGUGUCGCCGGACCCCGGGCGGAUGCUGUGCUUGCGGCAGCAUGGCGAGGGCGGCGCGCACAACCGGCACCACCCGGUGCGGGCCGAGAUGGUGUACUCGCGCCCCCAGCAGUUCCUCGUGUGGACGGCCAUCCACCAGCUGCAGCUGGAGAUCAGCCGACGUCAGCUGCCGCCGCUGCCGCUCGACCGCUUCCUCUUCCAGGAGUUCCGCUUCUCCGGCGUGCCGGCGGCCGACGUGAGCGCGGCGCCCGGUGGCUGACGUGAGCGCGGCGCCCGCUAGCUGACGUGAGCGGAGCGCCCGCUAGCUGACGUGAGCGGAGCGCCCGCUAGCUGACGUGAGCGGAGCACCCGGUGGCCGACGUGAGCGGAGCGCCGGCUAGCUGACGUGAGCGGAGCGCCCGGUGACCGACGUGAGCGGAGCGCCCGCUAGCUGACGUGAGCGGAGCGCCCGGUGGCCGACGUGAGCGGAGCGCCCGCUAGCUGACGUGAGCGGAGCGCCUGCUGGCCGACGUGAGUGGAGCGCCCGGUGGCCGACGUGAGCGGAUCGCCGCUAGCUGACGUGAGCGGAGCGCUCGGUGGCCGACGUGAGCGGAUCGCCCGCUAGCUGACGUGAGCGGAGCGCCCGGUGGCCGACGUGAGCGAAGCGCCCGGUGGCCGACGUGAGCGAAGCGCUCGGUGGCCGACGUGAGCGGAGCGCCAGCUGGCUGACGUGAGUGGAGCGCCAGGUGGCCCGACGCCGCCGGCUGGGCGGCUGGCGCUAGGACGGAGAGUGACUCGACCUAUGACCUCUGAUGCGGCUGGGUGCUGGGGCGUGGGCUCGUGGCAGCCGGAUCGCUGCGGACUCCGGGGCAGGUCACCGACCUGGCGCGCAGACGGCCAACGGAAGUCGGCGGCCAGAUGAAACGGGUACAGGAGGUGUGCUUUGAGUACUCACGCUGUGGGUAUUUGAAGCUGCCCCGGUUCGGCACUGGUGAUAGGAGGAAGAGCUUAAGUUAUCGCGAGGAUUUGACUAGGAACUGCAAUGCGGUAUGAAUGUAGCGUUAUAGUCGAAACAUCUGGUGUCGGACGCGAGUGCCUUUGUGGCGAGACGGCGCACGGUGGCCGCUGUGGUCUCUGGCUGACCUUCAAGAGGUUCGUCAUGGCAGCUUUGACGUGGGCCGAGGCCGCGUCUGUGAUGAGCUCCGAGGAGGUGGAGGUGCCUGCCGGUAAGCUCAGCCGCCGCUUCGCUGCCGUGGGGCUCCGCAUUGCAGCCAACCUUCGGGGCAUAGCGAACGCCGACUCCAGGAACCCUGGACCGCCCAUCGCCUGCGCUGCUGGCUUUUUGUUCCGACCUGCGACGCUACCAGAGCUGUCACGGUGUGUUCAGCGUAUGUGUACAUCGCAGGAGGUGGACUUAGAUGAGGUCCUUUGCCUGGCUGUGCGGGAAUUUUUUCCAAUCGUCUGUCCCCAUCUUUAAAAAGUCACCAACUUGUCUCCUGUGGCCGAAUUUUUCCCAGGUAGGUAGAGGACGACACGCGUUGUAACAGUUCCUAAGUCAGCUGGUCCGGCUGUACCGUCCAACAAGAGGCCAUAUUUUUACUCAUUGUGCUCUCUAAGAUCUCUGGAAAGGUAGCUUGCACACACCUUACGGAAUAGUUGAGCGCGGCAGCGCUGCUGCAUCCAUCCCAGUAUACAUAUAGGCCACGCCACUCGACCGAGGAUGCCGUGCUCACCGCGGUCGAACGCCUGGUCACCAGCACUGACGGCGGUCUUACAUCAUCGCUAACGACGAUCGAUUUGUCACAGGCGUUCGACAGCGUCGACCACGACGUCCUCACCAAGGUGUCUCGGUGUCGCGUUACCGAUGUGGGAUGGUUAAGGAGUGAUUUUGAGAGGUCAAGGGCAGGUGAUGCGGGCGGCUCAC